AUGGCCUUCACAUCUCAGUAUCAUAUGCCGGGCGCCUACUUUGACGCACAGCCCGGUGGUGUUCACCCAGGCGUCUUCCGCCCCCCGACCUCUCCCUCCACUGGCUCCUACUGCUUCGCGAGAGCCAACAGCUACCAGUCCGAAGCAAGAACGCCACUGGCCCUUCCAAAACGUAAACGCCGAAACGAUGCCUCGCGCGAGGCCACGCCGCUGCAAGAAUGGUCCGACGGGAACAUGAACCUCGACAGCUCGAACGAACUACCCUCCCACGAGACCCCCUUGCCUAUCCGGGGAGCCCGCUACACCCUGGCCGGCCACCUCGAGACCCCGGGCGCAGCCUCGCACACGCCUUUCGAUAACGGCACGCUCGACGAGAGCAUGUACUCGGAUACUGACUACCGUAAGGCACUGGGGUCGAAGCGACCCCACGAGGAGAUGGAUUCCCCUGUGCCCGGCCAGCCCACUAUGCUGGUCCAGCCCAGUCAACCCGUCUCGGGAGGCUGGGGCCACUUUGCGUUCAGCACCAUCGGCGGUGUCGUCGGUAAAGUCUGGGAAUUUUGCAAGACCGGGGCCUUCAGAGGAUUUUCUGCCGGAGGCGGCAAGGCUUACACCAUCGACGGCCAAUCUCUUCCUGAACCUGCACCUACUCCAUCAACAGGACUUGCUUCCGAGCCCGAGCCUCAGCCCCAAGCAGAACCAUCCGAGAAAACGGAUGAGAAGACGACUGGCUGGGCGCAGGAAAGUGGGCCGUACCUGGACGCACCCACUCCCGACGACAGCACAGUGCCGGGCGGAUUCCCCCGUCCAGAAUACACAUUUCACGCCCACGAGACACCAAACCCGUUUGCCUUCACUCCUGAAUCCACGCCGUCGCGGCCCGCCGUGAAACGCAGGCAGACGAGCGCCGGGAAUCACGAUGAGCUGCGCAACUGGGUGGUGGUGGACGAUUCGGGAGCUGGUGCCAGACCGGUGUCGAGGGCAUCGAUGCGGUCGUUGUCUCGCAACACGCGCCCAUCCAUGGUGACCGGCCGAAGGAUUAGUGUUCCAAAGCCCCGUCUCAGCUCGAUCCCAAUCCAUAACCGUCGACAAUCUGCGAACCACGACGAUCUCCCGGCCGACACCGCUCCGUUGUCGUACCGAGAGCCUGCGAGCUUCGCCAAUGUCCGAUCGCCGGAGCCGCCCAGACCCCUGACCGGUCCAUCGCCUAGUCGGCUCCCGCUCCCCACCCAGUCGGCCGGCUCGAGCCCGAACCCUUUUGCGAAAUCGAGCACCUCUGCCCGGCGACAAAGCGGCAUCCCUUCACCCGCGGCACAGUCGACUUUCAGCCCCCCGGUGCGGUCCCAUCGCCGCUCCAACAGCAACGCUUCGGCCGCAUCGCCUCGCGGCAAGCUCAAGGAGUUUGGUGUGGGCUCUAUCCGGGAAAGCCCACGGCUGGACGCCGAAGCCAAGAGGCUGGCGGCGCGGAGAGCCAAGGAUGAACACGACACGGACGCUCGGAUCAAUGAUUUCAACCAACGACUGAAGGAGAUGAUCCGCCAAGGUAGGGAGGCACUGGGCACCAAAAUCGAGGUGGAUGAUGACAUUGGUGGUUGGGAGGACGAUUGA